GGGGUAUGGCCUGGGCGGCCUGUGUUGCUGGGGGCAUACCAUGAACGGGGCGCGGCGAGGCGCUGAUUGCGGAGAAGCAGCAGCAGCAUGUGCAUGCCUGCCGGCGCGUGGCCGGCGCUCUCUACCAUUGCGGGCCUUGAGGCGGUGGCGGAUUUGGCGCAGAUAGGCGCGCUGAUGAAGAAGCAUGCGCUGGCGGCGCAGGUGUUUAUGAUCUCGGCGGCGGAUUAUGUGUUGAUGAGAGCUGUCGUAAGGUGGCUGCGGGAGAAUCUGGGGGAGACGGAUAUGGUGACGGCUGGCGGGGGGUGGUAUCUUGCUGGGCCGGUGACGGGGGAGCGGGAGCAGCUGCUGGAGGCUGAGAUUGAUCUCGCGCAGGUAGCGAGCGAAUGUUAAGUAAGGUCUGGAUCGAUGGUGCGGGGCACUCC